AUGGCUUCCCUUCAGGCAACCCCCAAUGUGGGGGCUGGGAAUAUGGGCUUGCCCCCGAACUUGACCCAACAGCACAUUCAAGAGGUGCUUCAGAAAUACAAACAGAUGCAGGAACAAGGUGUUCGCCACGAUGAUCCUGAAUACCUCAAGGCUCAUAAUCUUCUUGCCGCAGUUCAGCGGCAACAAGCGUUUCAGAAACAGCGGCAUUUCCAGCAACAGCAGCUUCAGGCGCAACGGCAGCAACAGCUCAAUGGCACCGGCCAAGACUCUGCUGGGCCCAACGGAAUUAGCAGCCGCAACAACUCCGUCGCGUCCGCCAACAUAGCUGUCCCGGAAGCAGCUCCAACCUCGGUUGCGAGCCAACAACAGGCAUCGCAAAAAGGCGCCCCGGCUGCUGCCGCUGCCGCCAAUGGCAGUUUCUCCGCAGAACAAUUGGCGACACUCCGCAAUCAAAUAAUGGCUUUCAAGAUGCUGUCAAAAAACCUUCAAAUACCACCUCGCGUCCAGCAACAGCUGUUCUCGUCCAAGAAACUCCCCACACCCGCGCCGUCAGAUAGCGUCUCUACUGCCGAGAAUGUCUUGGAAACAGCUGCGCAAGGCAAGGCCGAGCAAAUAGCAACCACUGGAGAGGGAGCCAAUGCUAGGGAGUUUUACGAAAGCUUCCAAUCGCCCUACGACUUGAUUCCUAAGACCAUCACCUUCACAGAUCAUUCAUCCCGUGCCCAUCGUAUGCGUAUCCCAGCUCUGAUGCCACCAGGUAUCGACCUGGAGCAAAUGCGUGAGGAGAGAGAGAUCGCUCUUUAUAAUCGGAUUAACGCGCGAAAGGCGGACCUUGCUGAGCUUCCUGCUAACCUGAGCGCUUGGAACUCGAGCCAAAGCGACUCUGCUACGGGCGACGAUUCGCUAAAGCUCAAGGCUUUGAUUGAGUACAAGAUGCUCAACCUCCUACCGAAACAGAGGUUAUUCCGCAAGCAGAUUCAGAACGAGAUGUUCCAUUUUGACAACCUUGGCAUGACUGCUAACCGCGCGAGCCACCGACGCAUGAAGAAGCAAUCUCUACGGGAGGCCAGGAUCACCGAGAAGCUUGAGAAGCAGCAACGUGACGCUCGGGAAACGAGGGAGAAGAGGAAGCAGUACGACCAGCUGCAAGCAAUCCUCAACCACGGGGUCGAGCUUCAGAACGCGGCCAACCAACAGCGCACACGCAUGCAAAAGCUUGGACGUAUGAUGCUCCAGCACCACCAGCACAUGGAACGUGAAGAGCAGAGACGCGUUGAGCGAACUGCCAAGCAACGUCUGCAGGCUCUCAAGGCCAACGAUGAAGAGACAUACCUGAAGCUCUUGGGUCAAGCCAAAGACUCUCGUAUUUCCCAUCUUCUCAAGCAGACUGAUGGCUUCCUUAAGCAACUUGCUGCUUCCGUCAGAGAGCAGCAACGUAACCUGGCGGAGCGUUACGGCGAAGACCAUCAGAUCGAGGACGACGAAGACGAAGAUCUCGAAUCCGGUAGCGAUGAGGAAGGCGAUGGCCGACGAAAGAUUGACUACUACGCAGUUGCUCAUCGUAUACGCGAGGAGGUUACCGAACAGCCGUCGAUUCUCGUUGGUGGUACAUUGAAAGAGUACCAGAUGCGUGGUUUGCAAUGGAUGAUUUCUCUUUACAACAACAACCUCAAUGGUAUCCUGGCUGAUGAGAUGGGUCUCGGAAAAACGAUUCAGACCAUCAGUUUGAUUACCUAUAUCAUUGAGAGGAAACGGAACAAUGGCCCAUUUUUGGUCAUCGUUCCUCUUAGUACACUGACCAACUGGAAUCUCGAGUUUGAGAAGUGGGCGCCUGCCGUCUCUAGGAUUGUUUACAAGGGACCGCCCAACGCCCGUAAACAGCAGCAGCAAAAUAUUCGCUGGGGCAAUUUCCAGGUCCUGUUGACAACCUAUGAAUACAUCAUCAAGGACAGACCCAUCUUGAGCAAGAUUAAGUGGACUCACAUGAUCGUCGAUGAAGGUCAUCGCAUGAAGAACACGCAGUCUAAGCUUAGCAGCACUCUUUCUCAGUACUAUACCAGCCGUUACCGAUUGAUUCUGACGGGUACUCCGUUGCAAAACAACCUUCCGGAACUGUGGGCUCUGUUGAACUUCGUUCUGCCUAACAUCUUCAAAUCAGUCAAAUCGUUCGAUGAAUGGUUUAACACGCCAUUCGCCAAUACCGGUGGGCAAGACCGCAUGGAUCUGAGCGAAGAGGAACAACUUCUCGUUAUUCGUCGUCUGCACAAGGUUCUUCGCCCAUUCUUGCUCAGACGUCUGAAGAAAGAUGUCGAGAAAGAUCUUCCUGACAAGCAGGAACGUGUCGUCAAAUGCCGCUUCUCUGCCCUACAAGCCAGGUUGAACAAGCAACUUGCUACCCACAACAAAAUGGUUGUCAGUGACGGCAAGGGAGGCAAAGUCGGUAUGCGUGGUCUUAGCAAUAUGCUUAUGCAACUGAGGAAGCUCUGCAACCACCCUUUCGUCUUUGAACCUGUUGAGGAUCAAGUAAACCCCGGACGAGGCACUAACGAUCUGAUCUGGCGUUCUGCGGGUAAAUUUGAGCUACUGGACCGCAUUCUUCCCAAGUUCAAGGCAACCGGUCAUCGUGUCCUCAUGUUCUUCCAAAUGACCCAGAUUAUGAACAUAAUGGAGGAUUUCCUUCGCCUUCGUGGAAUGAAGUACCUGCGUCUCGAUGGAUCGACGAAAUCCGAUGAUCGUUCUGACCUGCUGAAGCUCUUCAAUGCUCCUGGAUCGGACUAUUUCUGUUUCUUGCUCUCGACGCGUGCUGGUGGUCUCGGUCUCAACUUGCAGACUGCUGAUACCGUCAUCAUCUUCGACUCGGAUUGGAAUCCUCACCAAGAUCUUCAGGCUCAAGAUCGUGCUCACCGUAUCGGUCAGAAGAACGAAGUCAGAAUUCUUCGACUCAUCACAUCCAACUCUAUUGAAGAGAAGAUUCUUGAGCGUGCUCAGUUCAAACUGGAUAUGGACGGUAAGGUCAUCCAGGCAGGAAAGUUCGACAACAAAUCCACCAAUGAAGAACGUGAUGCUCUGCUACGUACCCUGCUUGAAAGCGCUGAGGCCACGGAACAGGCGGGAGACCAAGAUGAAAUGGACGAUGAUGAUUUGAAUGAAAUAAUGGCUCGGUCGGAUGAAGAGAUAACGAUAUUCCAGCGUAUGGACAAAGAACGCCAGAAAAAUAUCCCGUACGGACCUGGUCAUAAACUGCCGCGUCUCAUGGGCGAAAGUGAACUUCCUGAAAUUUACAUGACCGAUGAGAACCCGGUUGCAGAAGAAACCACCGAGGUUGAAUUUGCUGGCCGUGGGGCACGCGAGCGCAAGGUUACUCGCUACGAUGAUGGUCUCACUGAGGAGCAAUGGUUGAUGGCAGUGGAUGCGGAUGAUGACACCAUCGAGGAGGCGAUUGCGAGAAAAGAAGCAAGGGUUGAGAAGCGUCGUGUCAAUAAGGAAAAGCGUACACGCAAGGGUGGAGAUGGUGCAGAAUCUUCGCCCGAGCCAUCUCGCGAGAGCUCCGAAACACCUCAGCCCAAGAAGCGUGGUCGCAGAGGUCCUGCUCCAAAGCGCAAGGCAGAGGAGCUCGUCGAGGAGACGCCCCAGCCAAAACGCAAGAGGGGCAGGCAAGCAAAACCUAUUGAGACCUUGAGUGCUGAAGAUCGAGCUGCUAUUCAGCAAAUCCUCAACAACGUCUACCAGGCUUUGAUGGAUAUGGAGCAAGAGCUCCCCGCCGACUCUUCCGAUAGCGAGGACGGGCCUGUUACGCGGUCUAUAAUUGAGCCGUUCAUGAAACCGCCGCCCAAGUCGCAGUACCCCGAUUACUACAUGAUCAUACACAAUCCUAUUGCAAUGGAGAUGAUUCGAAAGAAGAUCAACCGUGAAGAGUACCAGAACCUGAGAGACUUCCGGAACGAUGUCCACCUCCUGUGCCAGAACGCUCGAACGUAUAAUGAAGAUGGCAGUAUCCUCUUCCAAGAUGCCAAUGACAUCGAGGCGAUGUGUGUGUCUCAGCUGAGAAAAGAAACCCAAAGCUACCCACAAUUUGCCAACUUUGAUGACUCGUCAGCGGUUGCAAAUGACUAUUCAAUGUCCUCGAUCUCUGGAGUCGAAACGCCAAAUGCAACUGCCACGCCAGGACAGCCGAAGUUGAAACUCACGUUCAACGCUGGAGGUGCUAUGGCUGGCAUGAACGAAGACCAGUGA